CUUCAGAGGGGGAAGUUCUCAGCUUCAUUUUUCAUUUUUUUAUUUCCUUCAAAUACAAGAGAAUAAUUCCAGACAAAUGGCUUCUAAAAAGGAUAUUUAUUUAUAGAUAUAUUUUAAUUAGACCUGUUAACGCAUCAUUCGCCUUUGACGGAGAUAAAUUACACUUCCGCAAGGGUACGUUACAUCCGUGACUCACGUACUACAUACAUACUCCAAAUACCUAAGAAAAACUGAAAGUGCUAAUAAAGAUGAACACGGGACGGUGGCCAAUUUACGGAGACACACGCCGGGUGAAAAUUGCAUGCACGGAGGACAAUGGGGUGCCCCUUCCCUAGUUGCUCCCCUUUCGUAUCUAGUACCCUGGAGCCCCGUCCCCAUCUACAAAGAUUACUCGUUCGAAGCGAGACAGCAGCUGACGACUGUACAAUGCAAGAGAACGCUACUGGCUGUUAGAUUACAGCAGGACGCGUAGGCAGAAGACGUUCGCUACUCUUCCUUUUUCCCGGAAGUCAAGUAACAAAUUUUCUUUCCCUGCUGAAAAAAAAAAAAUGAACCAAAGGGAUCUGUUAUUGUAGUGGAAGUGAAGGAAGAAAGAAAGGGAACAGCGAAGAGAGGUUCUGUUACCUGGUCCCCUCUCCUCUCCCUCUGUGACGGCAGGUCAGUGUUGCUGUACCCGUGGACGGGAACGGAUGUAUCAUCCGAUUGUGCGUGAACGUUGUUCCUUGUUUGUGAAAAUGUGACGUACGUCCUGGGAUCAUCAGCAUCAUCCUGGAAAACGUGAAAGUACUGGAGGAGGAAAUCCGACAAACAAUUGUCCAUCUUUUACAGGCUGUUCAAAUAGAGGAACUAACAAUACCACCGGUUACGGUAGUGCACCGGGGGGUGCCAAUAUGACCCCCGAGGAUACUGCUCCCGAUGAAGAGUUCGCUAUAGCCAUUACUCAGAAAACUCAGAGGGACGCAGAAGCUAUCCGCGGGGCACUGUACCUAGGCGUAGCCCUUGCAAUUGCAUGGAUAAUAGGUGCAACAGGACUUUCCCUGGCAUGGCUGGUACUGGUCUUAGCAUUGGCAGGGACAAUACUGAAAGCAAGGAUCUCUCGUCUCCUUGAAUCAAUUCUUCAACAAGAAUUAGCGAGAUUGCGUAGAAGAAGAGCUUUGUAUAAAGAUGAAACUGCUGAAUGGCUGAGUUUGCUUCUCAACAGAUGGUGGAGGUUCAGCGCUGCCAGUAUAUUUUCUUUAGCAAAAGAAAGGCUGGAACCCUUGUUGAACGAAGCGAAACCAGGAAUACUUGGACCAUUGGAACUCAGAGAACUCACUCUUGGUGAGCAAACCCCUUGUGUAACACGUGUGAGAACGUUAGAUUACACAAAUGACGAUGAUGUUCUGGAUGGUCAAACGGGAGAAACUAAAUUAUCCAUUGAAGCCGAUGUACGACUUGAUUGCGAACAAUUUCGUAUGCUUAUCACGACAAGAUUGUUUGGAAAAGGGGUUGGUAUGGACAUCGACCUGGCUGUGGAGAAGCUCUCGCUUUCGGGAACAAUCCUGGCCACCCUGACCCUCAACUCCAUGGCCCCGUUUCCCCAUGCAACCUCCUUAAGCGUGAGCUUCCUGGAGAAACCAGACGUUUGGUUCAGCGUGAGGAUUUUGCGAACCGUACAAAUGAUGGAGAUGCCUUUAAUUAAGACCUGGAUUCAUGCCGUGGUCACGGACGCUUUGGCAAGCUGGAUCGUCGAUCCGGGUCACCUGGAGAUGAAUCUGAGAGCGCGAGAGAGACCAGGACCUAAAUUAGAUUCCACGGCUAAUUCCAUACCACAAGGGGUGCUCACUGUUGUUCUCUCUCAAAACGGCUGUUCUGCUUCUAUCGGGGACGAGGUGAGGUGGCUCGUUGUGACAAUUGGGGAUCAAAGAAUAGUUAUGGCUCCUUUAAAUCCUACCUGGAAUGAAGACGCUUCGUUCCUAGUGGGUGCGCUGGAUAAUGAGAAGAUUUUAAUUAAACUGAAAGCGAAGAGACUUGUCAGUACCAUAACUCUAGCUCAGUUCGAACUCCCUCUGGGAUCCUACAAUUGGGACGGUUCGCAGGUGAUUGAGACUGUACUGCAACAGAAGAAACCGUCUCGCAACAGUGCUAACAUUCCAAAUAUCAGUGCAAGAUUAGAAUACACAGCGCUUCCAAAAUUGGACCCAGAUUCACCGCAGCCAGAGGUGUCGGAGGAUAAUUCACACUUGGCCGUGCCUCGAAAAAGUAAUCGGACCCAAAAAGCAGGAGUGCUUGUGGUUUAUAUUCAUUCAGCAGAAAAUCUAAACGGCGACAACCAAUGUAAUCCCUAUUGCAUGUUAUUUAACAACCGUAAGAAGGUGAAAACUACACAUUAUGUGCGAAAUACUACGUCUCCGUGUUGGGAAACCAGGGCACAGUUUCUCGUUCAAGAUUACACUCAAGUGUCGCUCAGCUUUGUUGUAUAUUCUUGGAAUAUAUCAAAGUCUACUGAUACCGAUAUGCUUGGACUAGCUAUAUUGUCUUUAAAUCAAGAAAGCACAUGGGUAGUUAGAAAAGAACUGACUCUCAGCGGCUCGAAUAGUGUGUCUACGAUGACGGUUUCUGUGUUAUUCUACCCAGUGAAAAGUGUGCAGCAGGUGAUCACUAGUCGGAGAAGCAGCUUGUCUUUCCCAAUGUCCGACGACGAACCUAAAUCGAAGAGAAACAGUCUACCGUGGAUGCAACAGGCAAAGCUGUUAUUGACCCACAAGGACAUAGAUCCUGCCUCAUCAGACGUAUCGAGCCUUCUUUCCACAGGAAGCGGCCUGAUGGAAGUCACUCUAUUAAGAGCGAAAGACCUCGUAGCGAAAGAUUUGAAUGGAUUCAGUGAUCCGUUCUGUGAAUUGAAAUUAAACAACGAAACAAAAUAUAAAAGUAGUAUAAAGAAGAAGACGUUGAAUCCAUGCUGGGACGAAAGUUCCAUCAUGGGUUUACCUCGAACUGGAGAGACCUUGGACGUCGUAUUAUGGGAUCAUGAUACUUUUGGAAUGAAGGAUUACCUUGGAAAAGUAUCUUUGACUCUCGACGACAUUAGGAAAAUGUCCAACAGCGAUCAGUCCCAUUGGUUCACUUUAAGGGGAACCAAAACGGGAUCUGUGGAGUUGAAAAUCAAGGUCUUGUCCGAGGAAUGUGAGACACAGAGUACGUAUGCUGCCAGCAACAUCAGUGAAAGUUCAACGCAAUUGAACAUUGAAACUUCUGAUACUGUGUCGAACAUCAUCAGGAGACCCUCAAUGGAGAAAACAAAGAUGAGACUACAUUUGGAUGUUAUACCUCCUCCUCCACCCCCGCGCACAGUCACUCUGUUGAAACCAACCGUUUCUAGUCAAACUGACAAAACUAGUAUUGGAAGCAAAGAUUCGAACGAAAUGAAUGGAAACCAGAAUUCGUGGAUACCUAGGGUCGUCACAGAAUCAGUAGCCGAUGACACUAAUGGUUCAAAAUUAAGAGAACGAAGAUCCUCUCAUAACAGUUUAACUCCAAGUCCUGAACAAAGUUUUGGUAAAAAAUUGCCCCAAUAUAACAGCUUUCGUGUUAUGAAACAGAAGAUGAAGAGGGGAUUAAAACUACGCAGAUUUCGUUCCGAAGUAAAUAUAGAAGACAAGAACGAGUCUAAAGGUAUAACAUUGAGCCUAGAGCCAAGAGGAGGAGGAGAAGCCGAUGCUACGGAACUUUUACAAGGGUCUGGUUUGGCCCAUGCUGUGUCACAACCUGAUAUGCUUGGUAGAAUAAGACAACCAAGUCCACGUUUACGGAUCAGACCAAAUGAGUUGAAAGUUGUUAAUGGCACCAAGGAAAGGUAUUCUGGAAUAGAGGGUAAAGUGUUGCAGGCCCAAGGCCUUCACGUUGCGCACAUUGCCCAGUUGUAUUGCAGAAUUAAACUCCAAACGUGCACCAGUCCUGAUAAAAUUGCGUCAACGAAUGCUGGUAAAACAUUGGCAAAGUCUAGAUUAUUACCAGCGAUGCCCAAUCCUCAAUUCAGUAUAGACUUUCAUAUUGACGGUGACAAUGUUCCAAGACAGUCUUUAUUAAUAUUUGAAAUCAGAAGCGCUAGUAAGGAAUUGUUGGCCAGCAGACGCAUAACUCUUCAUGAAUUAUUAGGUGUUUCUGCACCAACUGAUGAGAUUCAUACGUGGCUAGCAUUAAAUAAUGGAGCAUCGUUAGAAGUACAAAUUGCUCAUGGAAGGGAAUUGAAAAGUGUGGAAAUGAAUUCGGUGCCUUUUCUGUUUUUCACAUUCUUACGCUACUUUUCAAAUCCACCAAAGCGCAGGAAAUUCAAAUUUAAAAGGCGUCGAAUUAAUUUGUACAGCACCGCGCAUGGCAGGCUUCCUCACCCCCGAAGUUCCCGCCCUUUGACAACGUAAAAAAGGGGGCCCCAUAUAUUUAUGGGCAGUGACUACAGAUCCAACAAAACUGGACAUGCCUUUGUUCUCCAGGGAUCAUGAUUUUGUGGAUCCCUCAGGUGAGGUGAGAUCUGCAGAUACAUAGUUGUGUGUGUCCGCAGAUGCAGAGCACAGUUGUCAUGACAGCUAUUCCUGUCUUUCCAGUCCCCCUUUACCACACCUCAUACUUGCAAAUGAAAAGACACAAUUUUGAUUCCCUUUAAUUCAACUUCUUAGAAAUCAGUCAUAAUCAGCAUAAGACUGAAAAUUAUUAUAAUAACUGAUUGACAAAGUUGUAUUUUAAAAAGACCGCCAUAAAUUAUUUUUACAUUCGAUUAUCACGCCAUCUAUACAACAACGGCUCAAACUACUCAACGAGUUACCGAUCGAUUUCCUAAAACAGAACACUAGCGCUACCUAUCAGGAAUUAGUGGAAACUACUUACCGACUAGUUUCCGGGAUUCCUCGAUAGGUGGCGCAAGUGUUUCCCUCAGAAAGUCGAUCGAUAACUCGAUGAGUAGUUUAAGCCAUUUCUGUAUAGAUGGCGCUAGGGUGGCAUUUGAAAUUUUUUUAAACUCUCGAACUGGGAAGCUAAUAAUAAAAAGAAGCUUUCCUCUACGGAAGCCUACCACACUUAAUACUAUAUACCUAAUAAAAACGGUACAAAUCUGGAUGUACCCAUUUCACAUUUUAAAUGUUAAUUAUGUACAUAUAUAUUUAUAUUAACAAUAAAAGAUUGUAACAUUUUGUACCAUAA